AUGGCAGCCAUAUCUGCAGCCGGGCUUCCGCCCAAUUCGACAGUAUACGUCAAGAAUCUAGACGAGCGCAUCAAAGUCGAGCAGCUGAAAGUGGCAUUGGAGGAGAUUUUCUCGGAAUAUGGUACCAUCCUAGAGGUCGUCGCAAAGACGAACCUCAAGGCCAAGGGUCAGGCCUUCAUCGUCUUCGAUAACGUCGAGUCCGCGACCCGCGCUAUUGAGGAAAUCAAUGGUUUCGAUAUUUUUGACAAGCCCAUGAUCCUAGACUAUGCGAAAACCAGGAGUGAUGCGACAGUUCAACGGGAAGGCGGCAGCGAUGAAUUGGAGGCUCAUAAGCGGAGGCGUUUAGCUGAAAAGGAACGCAAGCAAGCCCACGAGGCCCUCGAGGCACAGAAGAACCUCAAGCGACCCGCUGCCGGUGGUGAAGCCGCACGUCCGGCCAAGACCACCAAAGGCACUGGCCUCAAGCCUGCUUCUGGUGCUACAACUGCUGUCAUUCCCGACGAGUACCUACCACCCAACAAGAUUCUGUUCUUACGUGAUCUGCCCGACGAGGCAACCCAAGACGGGCUUUCCGCCAUCUUCAGCCGUUUCGAAGGUUUCCAGGAAGUCAGAAUGGUACCUGGUCGCAAGGGAAUCGCCUUCGUCGAGUACGAUGCCGAGACUGGGGCUAUCAGCGCAAAGGAGGCUACGUCGGGCAUGCCCAUGGGCGAGCAAGGCAAGGCCAUUCGCGUUACCUAUCAGCGACAGUAG